AUGCACCAGAUAAGCAACGCGAGAACGGCUCCGUCGAGUACACCGGCACCACCGACCUCAACCAGUUCACGCUGGCCAACAAUUACACCGACAACAAGCCCGACAAGUAUCCCGACGGUCAGUGCUGUAACCAGCCGCCCCCGGGCACCAGUAGGCAGAGAAAUCAGUGUGGCCUCGGGCCCUCGACAGGUCUGCUUCCAGCGCAACUUCGGCUAUCAUCUCAUACAGACCUACCUGCCCACCGUCCUCAUCGUCACCAUCUCCUGGGUCAGCUUCUUCCUGGAGGCCGGCGCCGUGCCCGUCCGCGUCUCCCUCGGCAUCACCACCUUCCUCACCAUGAUCACGCGCAACAGCGGCGCCAAAGUCGGCCUGCAGCCCGGCUCCUACGUCAAGGUAGCCUUCUGCACGGGCAGUAUAGAAGUAUAA